AUGAUGGCAGCAGUUUAUCUGCUUCCGUGUCUUGUUUUAGCAAGCGCUCAUAAUUAUUAUUGGUAUGACAAACCACAAGUAUUGGAAGAUCGUCCGACAAUGGUACAUUUAUUUGAGUGGAAAUGGACAGACAUUGCAGCAGAAUGUGAGAAUUUCUUGCAACACUAUGGCUACGGUGCUGUACAGAUUUCACCGCCAAACGAGCACAUCGUCUUUGUAGAAAAUGACGACGUACCCUGGUACGUGAGAUAUCAACCUGUCAGCUACAAGCUGAUUUCGCGCAGUGGAGACGAAUCAGAAUUCAAAGAUAUGGUGAACAGAUGCAACAAAGUUGGCGUUAGAAUCAUUGUCGACGUUGUUAUGAACCACAUGGCAGCAGUUUCACAAAAGUCAGGAAUAAAUGGAAGAAAAGGAAGUGCAGGGUCAUUUUUCGAUGCAACUGAUGGAAUAGAGCUGUUCCCAGAGGUGGAUUCAGGGGAUGGAAUCCCUGUUUGUGCUGAGCCAGGACUGACUCGUGACAUCCUUGUAUCCCGCACGUCGGUCCGGCCAAAAACCUGCAAUCAAGUGACUGGGAGGUGCAAGGGAGGCGGUUUCGAGUCUGAUGAUCUGAUGAUGCAAGCCAAGAAGAUCAAAUACGACGUCGUCGGACUGACCGAGACGAGGCGACGUCACUCUCUCAACGCCGUAUAUGAAGCUGGAGAAGAACUGUUCUUAGGAACAUGCGACAGUAGAGGUGUUAGUGGAGUUGGCGUCCUCGUCAACACGAGUAUGGCAAAGAACAUAGACUCUUUCGAACAACGUACGACCCGAAUCGGACGUCUGUGGGUGAGAAGAUGUGGUUCAACAGCAGCUUUGACUAUCUUCGUCGCUUACGCUCCAACAUCAAGCUACGAAGAAGAAGAAGUCGAUGCUUUGUGUAUGGACCUGGAGAAGUUCUACCGAGAAGAUCAUGUCUUCUACAAGGUCAUAAUAGGCGAUUUCAACGCCAAAGUUGGCCCAAAAAGAACACCUGAGGAACUCCACAUCGGGACCCACGGCCUACAAUGGAAUGACCAGGGGGAGAGGCUCUCCGAGUCCAUCAUGACGACUAAGACCAACCAGAUGAACUCGCAAUUCCAGAAGCCCUCCUCUGGAUGUGGGAGUUACCAGAGAAGAGCAGAAGUGCUGGCUGAAGCUGCAGAGGCGUGGAAAACCAUCCGCUAUGCCCGUCGAGACUUCGCUAGUCGCAAGACGAGGAUAACUGCUCUCCGGACCCCGAAGGUAACAACCACUGCACCGAGAAGGGGGAUGGAGAAAAUCAUCUUCGACUUCUACUCUGAUCGCUUCGACAGCCAUGUCCACUUGCCUCUUCACUAUCUGAGGGAAGACGGACAUGUCAUUCCAGAGGUUCUCCCGUCCGAAAUACGCCAUGCUAUCAUUUCGAUAAGAAAUCGUGCAGCACCUAGUUCCGACAAAAUAAGACCAGAACACCUGAAGAACCUUCCGCCAGUACUCAUUAACACCCUGGCGAGGCUCUUUACACGUUAUCUGUCGGAAUGCAAGAGUGAUCCUAAUAGGACUGAAAAAGUCUUGAAUGAAGGACAGCCAUGCGAGCAAGCAGGGUUUCGAAAAGUAUUAACCACGACUGACCACAUUCACACUGCUUCGAAACUCAUCGAGGUGUCACGAGAGUACAAGAUGCCGCUCUGCUUCACUUCCAUCAACUUGAAGAAGGUCUUCGACUCAGUUGAGGCGGAAGCGGUCGUAGAAGCCUUGGACAACCAAGGCGUCUCUACUCAGUACAUAAAGGUACUUCGAGAGUUAUACAGUAACUUCACAACCGGAAUUUCGCCAUUCUACAAGAACAUCAUCAUUGACGUGAAGAGGGGGGUACGACAAGGUGAUACAAUUUCACCCAAAAUAUUCACAGCCUCCCUCGAGAAUGCAAUGCGAAAGUUGGAAUGGGACGACAUGGGAGUGAAGGUUGAUCGUCGGCAGCUACACCAUUUGCGCUUUGCUGAUGACAUCGUACUGAUAACAUCUAGCGUCAGCCAAGCGGAACGAAUGCUGACCGAAUUCGACGAAACAUGUGGAUGCAUCGGUCUUCAGCUGAAUCUACAGAAGACGAUGUUCAUGCGGAACGGAUGGGUCUCGGAUGCCCCAUUCACGCUCAACGGAACGAACAUAUCCGAAUGCACCAGCUACGUUUAUCUGGGUCGGGAACUGAACAUGAUGGACGACCUGACCCCCGAGCUGGGCAGGAGGAGACGAGCGGCUUGGGGAGCAUACAAGAGUAUCGAGGAUGUAGUGAAGAAGACCAGGAGCACCCGGCACCUAUGCUUCGGAAACCUGGGCAUUUUGUAA